CUAUAUUUGGACUCAUAAAAACAAAUCACCGAUUAGAUUUGACGGCUGAUUAUUAUUUCCAUCAUCUGCUAUAAACGUGAUUAACCUCAUCUGCAUGGUAACACGCCAGUUUGGCUUGUCUUCUGCUUUAUUUACCAACAUAACCACGUCGGUAUAGAUGUGAUUUAUUUUUAUUUGAAUAUAUAUGUAUAUGUAUACAUGGCCAGAAAGUGUCCGCUUUUCUACUGGUUCGUUGCGCUGUCUUUCAUCUCAUGUUCUCUAUUACACUCUGUUCUUGUGUCCAAGUAAUUCGUUCAAGUGAAGUGUUAGUGAUUUGAGCUUUCCUACAUGGACAAGAUGCAAUCUGUCAAAUCAAUCCAAUCUAUGUGGAAACAGUUUACAUUUUGUGGUAAAACCUACCAUCGGAAUGAUCAGUGGAAGACAACCAACAAUGGCAAUGAAAAUGAUAAACAGAAGAAAACGCAGCCUGCAGCCCAGCUGGGCAGUUUACUCCAAGAGAUGCCUCAGCAACAACAACAACAACAACAGCAGCAUCAGCAGCAACAUCAACAUCAUUCACACCAUCCUCAACAUAAUCAUUUAUAUUCUAAUAAUUACAACUAUGCAAACAAUAAUAGCAACCUCAGCAACAACUCUCCUGGUGGUGGUGGUGGUGGGGGCAAUGGUAGUAAUAGUAGCAGUAGUAGUAGUAUGAUGAAUGUAAAUCAUUCAGUGACUGUUACAGGUUCUAAUCAUGACAGUACCCUAUCAACUGGUUCAAUACGUGGCAUGAAUCCUGAAAUCAAAGAAUUCAGGUGCAAUCUCUGCCCUAAAAUAUUCUCACAACAGACGGGUCUUCAAAUUCACAUGCGAGUCCAUUUAGAAAAACCUUUGAAAGUUUCAACUAGUCCUAAGCAUUAUGGUCAAGACUCUGCCCAGAAAAACCAUGAACAUAGCCAUUCCUCAGAGAAAACUUACCAAUGUAAUGUUUGCUUCAAGACAUUUAAUCAACAAGUGAACCUGCGUAACCAUGAACGAACACAUACGGGGGAAAGACCUUUUCAGUGUAAUGUUUGCAUGAAAUCAUUUACCCAGCAAACCAUACUUCAUAACCACCAGCGUGUUCACUCAGGUGAGAAGCCCUUUAAGUGUAUUAUCUGUGAGAAAUCAUUCAGUAACCAAACUAUUUUAAAAAACCAUGAACGUGUACAUACUGGUGAACGACCAUUUAAAUGUAGCAAUUGUCCAAAGGCAUUCAGUAAUCAAACCAUCUUAAAAAACCAUGAACGUGUACACUCAGGAGAAAAACCUUUCCAGUGUUCUCUAUGUCUGAAAGUUUUUAGUCAACAAACAAGUUUGAAAAACCAUCAACGCGUCCAUACUGGCGAGAAGCCUUUCCAAUGUGGUGUUUGCUUGAAAUCUUUCAGUCAUCAAACCAUUCUUAAAAAUCAUGAACGAGUCCAUUCUGGGGAGAAACCAUAUAAAUGCUUAGUUUGUUCAAAGUCAUUCAGUCAUCAAACUAUUCUAAAGAACCAUGAACGUAUCCAUUCUGGGGAAAAGCCAUUUCAGUGUAGUGUUUGCUUGAAGUCCUUCAAUCAGCAAACUAUCCUUCGAAACCAUCAGAAAACACACACUGGGGCAUUUCCAUACAACUGCUCUUUCUGCACAAAGGUCUUCUCAGAAGAAGAGUAUUUAAAAGACCAUGAAUAUGUCCAUCGAAAACAUCAAGAUAUUAGAAAUGAUCUCCCUAGGGAGGAUGAGGUGGGAAGCCCCACCCCACCAUACACACCACCUGUUCAAUCAUCUUCCUCACCUCCUUUAUCAUCAAGGUCCUCUCCAAUGCAACAGUCUACUCCAUCAACCUCAGGUCCCUCCUCAUCUCCUGUACCAUUUUCUUCAGCGCCUAUUCCACCAAUGUGGCGACCUCCUGCAUAUCUGCAACCGAUGCCACCGCAGUAUUGGGAAAAUGAUUAUAAUUGGUCUAGGGCUUUCUCUGUGUCAACAUAUUUAACACCUUGGACAAAGCGGUCAUCAAACCGUGGGAAAACUCACUGAAAGAACUUUGUCAUCAUCAUCAUCAUUGGCAUCAUUAUCAUCAUCAUCAUCAUCGAUACCAUCAUCAUCAUUCCACAUUUUAAUGUCCACUUUUCCAUGCUUGCGUGGGUUGGAUGGAGUUUAUCGAGGUAGAUUUUCUGUGGCCAGACAUGUUCUCACAAAAUACUGGAAACGAAUGACAGUGACAGUCAUUUUACAACUAUCACAUGAUGUCAUAACAAGGAGACACAAACGCAUAUGCACACAUACAUAUGUGUGAAUGGUGGGUUUCUUUCAGUUUUCAAAUACUAAAUCAACUCACAAGGCUUUGCUCAGCCCAUGGCUAUAGUAAAAGACACUUGCCCAAGGUGUCAUGCAUUGGGACCGAACCCUGAAUCAUGUGAUUAAGAUUUCAAGGUCAGCUGAAAUCAUCUUUGUGAGUUCCCAAUAAAUGAAAUUAGCAAUCUGAUUUUUUAAAGCUUCACUUUAACAGUAUUAUCAACUAAUUAAGACAUUAUCACAACCACUACCACCACCAUCAUCAUCAUCAUAAUAAUUAUUAUUUGCUUUUCAUCCUUUUGGGGUUGAUAAAUUAAGUACCAGUUGAACACUGGGGUUGAUGUAAUCGACACAUCCCCUCCUGCAAAAUGGCUAACCUUGUGGCAAAAUUUGAAACCAUUAUUAUUAUUAUUAUUAUCAUUAUUAUAAUUAGUAUUGUAAUUACUAUUGUAAUAGAGUGACAGAUGAAAUGCCUUGCUGUGUUUAGUUACAUCUCUGUAGCUUCAAAUACUGCAAAAAGUCAACUUUCACCCUCUCAUUCUACAGACAACAUAUAGAAUCCCUGAUAUAACCCUAACCCGUCUCAAUACAAUUGUGUGCUCUUGUACCAAUGUAAAAAUUGUAAAAGAAGGAAAAAAAAAAAGAAAAAAAAUUUACCAUUUAUAAUGUUCCUCUUCCUCAUCAUCACUACCACUAUUGUCAUGAUCAUUUUCAUCAUCAUCAUUAAGUGUUCAUCACUUAUGGAAAAUAUAUUUUUGUCUUGCAAAAGCUAUACAACAAAACGAACAUUUCCAGAGGUUAUUUAUUUACUGUGACCAGAAAGUUGUGAAUUCUAUAUAUUUGGCAUUAUGGUCUCUUUCUUUAUCUCUCUGUCAUAUGUAUGUGUGUAUAUGUGUGUGUGUGUGUGCAAUUUCAUUUUUUUAAUUUAGAGUUAAUUUUGACUGGCCACCCACUUGGUAGCAAGGUUGUGAAGGAGAGCAUCUUGUUUUCUAUCUAUGUAUGUAUGUAUGAGUGUGUGUGUGUAUGAACGUAUGUAUGUAUAUACAAGGGGGUGCUGAAAAGUUCUUGGCUUUAAGGGUAUCAUAAAAAGCCUGGUUGGGGACCCAACCUUCAGUUCUUUUACAGGGCUUAGGAAAACUGAAGGACCGCUGCAAUAAUUGUGUGAAUUUGAGAGGGGAAUAUAUUAAACAAAAUCAUAAUUAACUGAUCUUCCUGCAUUUUCUUUUACCCAAAACCAGGAACUUUUCAGCACCCUUCAUAGUUUUUCUAUAAAUUAUCUUGUGAUGCUCCAGAACACAUCAUCAGUAGUGUUUCCUGGUCUUUCAUCAGUCACACUCACAACUGGAUGAUCCAGCUGGAGUUGAUCAAGCCCCAGCUUGUCUCCAGUUAGCACUACACCUGGUAGCACUGCCCCUUUCAGGGCUCACACUUCCUGACCUACAGCCAAUCUUAGGCAAUCUCAAAAGAUGACUAAGUCAGGAAGUGUCAACUUGAUGGCCUUUCAUCUAUUUGCCUCUGUAAGCUGUGCAGAGAAAAUACCCUGCACACUUUUUACAUCCCAUAUAAAAAAAUAUAUAUAUAUAUUUAUAUAAAAUAAAACUUAGAUAUUGUCAUAUUUCAGGAUGGUCAUUUAUUUUCUUGCCAAAUAAAUACAUGCACUAUUUGGCAAGAAAAAGGAAAAUGACCAUCCCAAAAUAUAACAAUAUUUGUUUCAACACACAAUUUCACAUCAAGAAUCUUGCAAAACAAAUACAUACAUGUAAAAACUUAGUUAUGUUUCAGCCAAAAUUGGCCCAGGCCAUGUCUCACUUAGCAUCAUCACCUAAUAGAAUCUUUUAAGUCAUUUUAAAGUCAAGUAUUGUGGUUUUAUGGCCCAUUCAAGUUAGGGAGUUGUUAUUGACUGAGAUGUAUCCAGGUACAGGUGGCUUGUUUUGGUAUCCCUUUCCAGAUAUUGUUUGAAGGUGAUGAUCCUUUUUUGCUUUGAUUCGUUUUGGGAUGUUGAAUUGAGUAGGGCUAGUUAAGCAAAAGUAUUCGUGUUGCAAUGUGAUUAUGUGUUAUGACUCUGAAUUGUACAGGGAGUGUAUGGCAUGGGGUCCUAGUCUUUAUUGAAUUGUGAACUUGAUGUUAAGAUCAUUUGGGCAAUGCGAGUAAUAUAUUCUCCACAUUAUGCAAAUGAUAUAAUUCUCACAGUGUUAUUAGGGAGAACCGAAUUUCAAUGUUUUAAGGCAGUCACAAUAAUCAAAAUCAGUCAUGCUAUUUAUUUUCUUUUAUGAUUGUUCUCUGGGGGUGUCUCAGUUCUCGUAAUGUUUUGUUCAGUAUGGUGAGACCAUCGAUAUGACGCCUGACUCUCUGGACUGGAAAGUUCUGAGGAUCCAGGAGUUCAUCUGUUUUAUUGUUGAUGUGAAAGCUCCAGUUGAGAUUGUUGUCAACAAUUACUCCUAAGUUUCUGAUAUCAUUGGAUGCCAUGAGUGGUUUGUCUGAAGCAAAAGAAUAUGGUUGUUUAAACAUUCUCUUUUCCAAAGUGCAUGAGUUAAAAUUUUCUCUCAUUUAACAACAUUUUAUUUCUGUCCAUCCGUUCACUUGCAGCAUGCAGAUCGGACUGGAGUUUUGUUUGGUCUUCUCCACUGAUGAGUUUUGGGAUCAUGGAGUCAUCUGAAAAUAUCUUUAUUUUACUCUGCUUGAUGACAUUUGAGAUGUCAUUUAUACAGACUAUAUAUAUAAAAUGUGUGUGUAUACACACACAAAUAGGGUAUGGGUAGUAUUUAUUCGCAUGAUGACUUCUCAGGAGAAAAUAAAACAAUGUUUUUAUUUUUUGAGAUAUAUUUGUCAAAUUUGGGUCAGUUUGUCUUCAUGACAUGCUCUGUCGAUCUCACUCAAUGAACCUACUUUUGGCCUCAAUGACAGCCUCCAGGUGACCUCAGAACUGGCCACAGGCCUUGGUCACUAUUUCCCGUUUUAAGCCCCUGAAGGCCCUGGUAAUCCUGGCCCUCAGUUUGUUCUUUGUGUUGCAGCUGGAUAUGUUGGACUCUUGUUCCGCCACACCCCACACAAAGAAGUUAAGGGGGUUGCAGUCAGGUGAGUUGAGAGGCCAAAUGUCAGGUACUGUGUCAUCAAAGAAAUUCUCCAACAGCCAAGCCUGGGUCUUUUGGUUAGUGUAGCAGGGUGCGGAGUCUGGCUGGCACGCAUACACAGCUGCCUGGUCAAUUCAGGGUUUCACCAUCUCGCUCAGAACAUAGGUAUAGCUGUCAGUGUUCAACCAGAGGCUCUCAGGGCAGAAGUGGAGUGGCAUGACAUCACCUUCACCACUGAAGACCAUGACUGUUGCUGGAAAUUUAAUCUGCAUGACUCUAGGGGUGAGAUAGUGAGCCACCCGUUGUUGCUCUGAGAGUUAAUCUUCUGGUCUUGGCCGUAAUUUUUCUUGUCAGAGAAGAACCACAGCAUGCCUGGCUUCAGUAGGUGUUUCAACUUGUUGAUCAGCUUUUUGGUGUGCUUGAGUCACUUUUCCUGCAUUGCCUUGGACAGAAAUUUUCCCCCUUCCUCAUCUUGUAUGAAAAGUGUUGAAUUGAAUAUCUUCAUGCACCACCAGCCUGAUGAGCUUUUCAUCCACACCUUUCUCCUGUGCAAUGACACACAUUAACUUGCUGAUGAUUUCUUGGAUUGCAAUGAUGAAUUCCAGAUUUCUGAUGGUUUUAGAUCAUUGAUUACAGGUUUUCCUCCCUGCUGUUCCAACAUAGUUGAAACCUGAAUCUUUUAGCUCCUUUGUAGCCUUUUUCACCAUCCUCCUGUUGAUGUCAAGGAAGGCAAAAAUCUUGUUUGCCCUUCCUUUCAGCAUAGAUUCCAAGCACUCCAUGCCUCUUCCAAAAAUUCGGGUUUUCAAAAUUUUCCAUAGUCAAUUAUUCUGCAAAAAAGUAAAGCAAAAAUGGUUAUUGUUUUUAAGAAGAAAAAGAUGGAUUACAAAAGUAAGAAAAUUAUGUGUUAAAUUAGCAGUUGAAAAUUGCGAACAAUAAUGUCUGCACUGUGUGUGUGUGUGUGUAUCAUCAUUAUUAUCAUGGUUUCAUGUCGACUGUAUAUAAAAUGUGAAGUAGUUGGCAUUAGGAAGGUCAUCCAACUGUAGGAACCAUGCCAAAAUAGACAUUAGUGCUUAGUGCAGCUCUCUGGCUCUUCAGUUCAUGUUGAACAAUCCAAGCCAUGCCAGUAUGGAAAAGGGAUGUUAAAUGAUGCUGAUAUAUAUAUAAAAUUGUGUCUGUGUGUUGGGUGCCUGUCAGCGUGCUGUGGACCAGUUUGACUUUUCCAAGUGUCCCUGACAUCUGAACUUCCCCUGCUGAACUCUUGGACCUUUGAUGUCUCCAAUGCCACAAAGACAUAAAACCAGCUGACAUGGGUGGGGCCGUGGUGGUGUAGUGCAUCGAUCUCUACAAGGUAGAAGCUCUCUGCCAACUUCAACCCCACGCCCAGCUACCAACAGACUGUGUCCUCCACUAUCCAUAACCUCAUUGUCCGCACCCCCACAAUUUGCUUCCUCCCCAAAAUCCACAACCCUGGCUGCCCCAUUGUCUCCACCUGCAACUGAACUCAUCUCCAGAUAUCUUGACUGUGUCCUACCCCCCUAGUGGCUUCCCUCCCCUCUCACAUCCAUGACACCAACUAUGCUCUUCGUUUGUUCAACUCUUUCUCCUUCCCUCCUGGCCCCUCUAAACUUCUCUUCACUCUUGACAUCAAGAGUCUAUACACAAUGAUCCCUCACCACAAGGGGCUGUGUGCACUCCAACAUUUCUUUGACCUUCAAUCCAACCCCCAACCUAACACAUCCAUACUGCUUUGUCUGGUCGAACUUGUCCUCUCACUUAACUGCUUCUUGUUUGUGGUUGAUUUGUACCAGCAGAUCUCUCGGGAGUGGCCAUGGGAAUGAGAAUGGGCCCAACUAUGCGAACCUGUUCGUUGGCUACAUUGAGGCCCAAAUAUUCUCAAGUUUCACUGAUUCCACUCUUGAACUAUACAGUCGUUAUACUGAUGAUUGUAUCGGUGUGACCUCACUCUCCCGCGAACAUCUAGACUCCUUCCUCUCUUUUGUCAAAUCUUUCCAUCCUGCCCUCCACUUCUCCUGCACUAUUUUCCGACACCUCAGUCGCCUUUCUCGACAUUUCGGUCAGCAUUCAUCACUCCACUCGCACCACCUCCAUCCACUACAAACACACAGACUCACACUCAUACCUCCUCUUCCUCCUACCCUAAACACACCAAGCUCUCCAUCCCCUAUUCUCAAUUCCUCCGUCUACACAGGCUCUGCAGUGACAACCAUGACUUUGAGACUCAGUCUCAACUCAUGGCUCGCCAC